UCCAUAAAAGCCAACCCAUCCCUUCGUAUUCUUUUCCAUUCGUCACUAUCUUUCUCUUCUCACAUUCCCAAAACUCAAAAAUCAACAAUCAACAAUCAAAUUAUUAAACUCCAUACCCUAUCAUCCACUGCACCAAAAAAAUAAUAAUAAAAAAAAAUGUCUUCCCCUUUCCCUUCUUGCUUUCGCCCCUCCCCAACCACCGACGACCACCACCCUCCUCAGCCGCCACCCCCGCCGUCGAUCUCCACCAAUCCCAACUUAAGCACCUAUCUCUACCACACCGACGUAGGCAUGGUUUCUCUAACGUGGUCACGCUCCAUUAUGGGUCGUUCCCUCCACGUUCACCUCCAUCAUCACGCAUUUGAUUCCCCUCCUGUUCCUUCUCUCUCAUCCGCGUCCUUCCACCUCCACAUCAAGCCCUUCAUCUUCUGGAAAAAACACGGAACCAAGAAGCUCUCCCCCAACACCCACUUGUUCUGGAACCUCUCGAAAGCGAAAUUCGGGUCGGGACCCGAACCCAACUCCGGGUUCUACGUGGCGGUGGUGGUGGACAACGAGAUGACCCUUCUAGUCGGUGAUUCCAGCAAGGACGCUUACGCCAAGUCCAAAGCACACGAACCCAAGAACAGUCAAUUUCUCGUGCUGAAAAGGGAGCACGUCUUCGCCAACAAAAUAUACAGCACGAGAGCGAGAUUCGGUGGCAGAACGAGAGAGAUUCAGAUAGAUUGCGGUGGCAGGGACUAUUCCAGGCUCUGUUUCAGCGUGGAUGGCGAAAAGGUGUUGCAGAUUAAGCGAUUGAAGUGGAAAUUCAGAGGCAAUGAGAGAGUGGAAGUUGAUGGGGUACCCAUUCAAAUCUCGUGGGACGUCUAUAAUUGGCUCUUUGAGAAGGGAAACAGUGACGGCCACGCCAUUUUCAUGUUCAAAUUCGAAGAAGAAGAGUACGUGGAACAACGAGGGGACAGGAAUUUGGUGAAUCUGUGGACGCACCAAAACUGGAACUUGGGUGUUCAUGAUUGGGGCAAAAUGGGUAAGAGCUGGUCGUCUUCGUCGGUGUCGUUAACAUCUUCUGCUGGUUCUUUCGGUGGAAGUUCCUCUGUGUUGGAAUGGUCCAGUGUGGAGGAGAAUGAGUUGGUUGUUCCCAUUGGGUUUUCUUUGCUUGUUUAUGCUUGGAAACGCUGAAGUGUGCUUGUUCUUGGGGUGUUUUUCUCAUGUUCUGCAAUUGAUUAGUGCUGCUAACUUGUUAGAGUUUAGUUAUAUUUCCAGACUAACCCAUUUGUUUCGUGAACAUACAAGUUGAAUAAAUCUACUUGAGAAUUUUAGAAGCAUUUGAGAAUCUAUUGGUAGAUUCGAACUCGAUAAUAGAUCUAACAGAUUCUUCUUUACAUGGGGGAAGAAGAUGAUACCACACCAGUUGGACCUCGUUGCUAUUUUUUUUAUUUUUUUUUAUUUUUGGCUUU